AUGAGAGGUCAUAACCACAGCAUUCUGCAGGAACCCCUUAAAGACUUCAUCCUUCUAGGUGUUUCUGACAGGCCAUGGCUGGAGCUCCCUCUCUUUGCGGUCCUCCUGGUGUCCUACAUUCUGGCCAUGUUGGGGAACAUUGCUAUCCUCCUGGUGUCUCGACUGGAUUCUCAGCUCCACAGCCCCAUGUACAUCUUUCUCGGGCACCUAUCCUUCCUCGACCUCUGCUAUACCACCACCACAGUCCCUCAGAUGCUGGUCAACAUGGGGAGCUCCAGUAAGACCAUCAGCUAUGCUGGCUGCACAAUGCAGUAUGCAAUUUUCCACUGGUUGGGAUGCACUGAGUGCAUUGUCUUGGCUGCUAUGGCACUGGACCGCUAUGUGGCCAUCUGUGAGCCUCUCCGGUAUGCCGUUAUCAUGCAUCGUCCUCUCUGUCAACAGCUCGUGGCUGUGGCCUGGCUCAGUGGCUUUGGCAACUCUCUUGUUCAGGUAGUGCUGACGGUGCAGCUGCCUUUCUGUGGGCGGCAGGUGCUGAACAACUUCUUCUGUGAGGUGCCAGCCAUGAUUAAGUUGUCAUGUGCUGACACAGCCAUGAAUGAUACCACACUGGCUGUGCUGGUAGCUUUCUUUGUGCUGGUUCCCCUAGCUCUCAUCCUUUUCUCCUAUGGUUUCAUUGCCCGAGCAGUGCUCAGGAUCCAAUCCUCCAGGGGAAGGCACAAAGCCUUUGGGACCUGUUCCUCCCACCUGGUGGUGGUGUCCCUCUUCUACCUGCCAGCCAUCUACAUGUACCUGCAACCCUCUUCCAGCUACUCCCAAGAACAGGGCAAGUUUAUCUCCCUCUUCUAUUCCAUAAUCACCCCCACCCUCAAUCCUUUUAUCUACACUCUGAGGAACAAGGAUGUAAAGGGAGCCCUGAGAAAGCUCCUGUCAAGGAUCUGGAGGCUCUGCAGAUUAGGCUCUGAGAUGUGA